AUGGCUACUGUAGGUGUCAUACAUUUUAUCAUAAUAUUUGUUGUUCUCAGACUAUCAUUUGGGAAGCCCGAUGAACAUGACAUAAAUAAUCGUGAACUGUGCAAAAUGUUUUCGAGAAAUCCGUUCUUUGGAACAGAGCUUGUGGUCGGUAAGCCAUGGCGAGUGUACUACACGUGGAACGUUAAUUUGGGUUCCAAGUGCUUGGACCUUAUAUUCAAGAACGCGACUAAAACGAUAACCCAACGAAUUUGGUCCGACAUGAAUGAGUAUCUUGAACAUCAGCCGAACUGGGAUGCGGCUGCCUUGCUUAUGUAUGUCGGAACCGCACGCCACGAAGCGCUUCUCUUCACUGAUCAGGGACCUGCAGGGAGUUUCGUUGGAGUGCCAAACGUCGCUCGGGAAGGCAACAUACCACCAUUACGAAAAUCAAUGACGCUGCUUAAGUUCCAAAUGAAGUUGAUCCGAGGGAAGUAUUUAUUGGUCAUCGAUUGCAUUACGGGUGCUAUCACCUUGUCUGCGCGCCAGCGUGAUGUUGCGACAUCGCGAUCAGAUAUAGCUACCGCUGCAGCGGACUUAGAACUCGGUAAAGGUUAUCCCGCUUGCACUAAAGAAACGAAUAAUCAUGAUUACUGA